UCUCUCUCUCUCACUCACUCAACUCAAUGCCGUAUCUCUGUCGCUGUCGGAGAGCGCGGGUGUUCUUACUCCACCCCCAUUUUCUAAUCAAAGAAGCAAAAAUCAAGAACGCACGGGCGAGGAACGAGUCAUUGGAUUCUGCAAGUCGUGGUCGUCGCGGUGUGGCGCUAUCGAGCAGGCCUGCACGCAUUACGAGACCCACGUCGGCCCCGAGCAACACGACGUCCACUAAUAAAAUCCUGCUCUUGAAUUUUGCCUAGACCCAGUCUAACGUUAUGGUCGGAAAAAGUAUUUUUUUUUAUUUUUUUAAAUUUUUGGGGGUUUGGGUUUUGGUCGAUGAAUUUCUGUCCUUUUUUCUAGUCCGUGAAUAUUCGCUUCGAAUCCCCACUGCAAGAUUUUGAAUGAAUUUUGGGCUGGUGGGUUCUUGCAUUUUCUCUCUUUCUGCCGCCAGAUUUGGAAUUUGGUUUCGUUUUCUUUCUUGUUCUUCCCAAAUUUUCCUAGAGGACAAAUUCUCUCUCUCUCUCUCUCUGACUCACUCACAGAAGGAGUAAAGAAUCGGCAAGAAAGGAAGUUGUUUGUGAGACCCACCACUCGCGGAGAAGAAGGAAGAAGAAGAAGAAGAAGAAGAAGCAGCAAGCACGUUCACACGCACAGCCACCUCCCUGUCUCUGUCUCUCUCUCUGUCUCACUAUCCAUCUGAACCCACUUUUUAGGCCUGUCUUGGCACCUUGUCUUUUCACAGCUCCCAUGAACCUUCAUCUCUCUCCCCCGAAAUGUCCAAGAACAAACCAUCAGGGUGCUCAGAAAUGGUGACCCACUUGAGCGUACUGAACAAAUUUAAGCGCCUGAAGAGCCCUCUUGAGCCUUCUUUCGGAAUAGUUGGGUUCCUCUUUGUCGCCGCCCUCUUCAUCGGCUCUUGCUUUUACUUGGACUACAGCACAGUGACUCAGAGGCUACGGAACACAGGGCAGUCCUGGCUCCGUAGCGGCCGGGUGCCGCUGGAUGAGGCGGCCGCUGGGCGGCCCAGGUUUCUUGACGAGAGCGGUGGCGGUUGUGACGUGUUUGAUGGGAAUUGGGUGUGGGACGAGAGGUAUCCUCUGUAUGAGAGCAGAGAUUGUGCCUUGUUAGAUGAUGGUUUCAGAUGUUCUGAGAAUGGUAGGCCUGAUAGUUUCUACACCAAGUGGAGAUGGCAACCCAAGAUGUGUGACUUGCCCAGAUUUGAUGCAAAGAUGAUGCUGGAAAGGUUGCGCAACCAAAGGGUCGUGUUUGUUGGUGACUCAAUUGGUCGGAACCAAUGGGAAUCCCUACUCUGCAUGCUCUCGUCUGCUCUUUCGGAUAAGGCUGCAGUCUACGAAGUGAAUGGUAGACCAAUCACUAAGCACACUGGAUUCUUGGUAUACAAGUUCAGAGACUUCAACUGCACAGUUGAAUAUUACAGAUCCCCAUUUCUAGUGGCGCAAGGCCGAGCUCCGGCUGGAUCUCCAGAAGACGUGAAGAUUACCCUGAAGUUGGAUCAGAUUGACUGGACUUCUAAACAGUGGGCAGAUGCUGAUGUGCUGGUUCUCAAUACUGGGCAUUGGUGGAAUUAUGAGAAGACUGUACGCGUGGGCUCUUACUUCCAGGUUGGAAAUGAGGUUAAGAUGAAUAUGACUGUUGAAGAUGCAUAUCGGAGAUCGCUAGAGACAGUACUUGACUGGAUCAGUGCUCAUGUGAAUAUGAGCAAAAGUCAGGUCUACUUUCGAUCCUAUGCACCUGUACAUUUUAGAGGUGGAGACUGGAAGUCUGGAGGAACAUGUCACUUGGAGACUCUACCCGAUUUGGGCUCCUCCCCAGUUUCGUUGGUCCAUCUGAAAAUUCUUACUGAUUUGUUAACUGAUCGGUCCAACCAAACGGUAAAGAAUAACCUUCACGUGCUGAAUAUCACAGCUAUGACAGCGCGCAGAAAAGAUGGCCAUUCCUCUUUGUAUUACCUGGGGCCUAAGUUGGGUCCUGCUCCGCUCCAUAGGCAGGAUUGUAGCCAUUGGUGCUUGCCUGGUGUUCCGGACGUGUGGAAUGAGCUUCUUUAUGCUUUUUUCCUCAAGGGUGACUCUGUGCGGUCACGAAAUUUGACCAAUGCCUCAUGAUUUUCAUGCUGAACAAGUAUAAUGCGGUGGUGUUUAUACCUACAUGAAGAGCUUUACAUUGUAGGAGUUGCAACAGCAAAUUGAUCACAUAGCCUUUGGUUCACUCUUUGUUCUCAAUUACCCGUGCCCAUCAGAAUUUUGGGAAGUCGUUGAGAAGCCCGCGAUUGGACAGGAUUCAGCCACAGGUGGAAAGUUCUUCCUCUUCUUCCUCUUCUUCCUCUUCUUCUUCUCUUUUUUUUUUUUUUUUUUUGGUGUAUGAUAUGACCCCAUGGAUGUCAAAGAGCACGACAGGGGCUACAAAGAAAGUAGAUACACACAUUUUCAUUGUACAUGCCAUAGUUAUACACAAUUGAAAGGAAAAUGUCUAAAGGAGUGCUUCUGUUAGAGAUUUUGGGAUAUCAACUGUGCUCUAAUCUUUUCUGUACUAUGCUGGUUGUAAAAUACCCA